AAAAAGAAAUAAUAAGAAUAAUAAUAAAUAAAAUAAAAUGGUCAUUGGGUUCCACCAAGUCCGACAGUUUUCCCGGGCAGUUGGAGAUGGUAAAAGCCGAACAAACCUAACGGCGUCUUUAGAGGCAGGGUCUCAAUUCUUACACGUGUCAAUAAGACUGGGUCUUAUUUUUCUUUUUUUUUCCUUCUCUCUCUCUCUCUCUCUCUCUCUCUCUCUCUGUUUCUCUGGCUUUGCUAUAGCAAAACAAAAGCUCCAAGGCAAGCUUUUCCCUCUGAAAGAAAAAUGGCAAGCCCCAAGUUAGCAGAAGCAGUUUCCGACUCAUCGGAUUUCCCACCUGCCGAUGUCGACAGCGAAUUGAACCCUCCAACAAAGAAAAAAGGCUUGGAAGUCGACCCCAUAUCGUCCGAAGUAGCUACUUCCUUGGAGAUUAAGGAACGAGUUGAGGCUGAAGAAAAGCAAAAGGCAAGGGGGAAGAAGGAUGAUGCAUUGCAGACGCUCAAAACAACAAUUAUAGUAUCUGGGGUAAUCUUGGCUGUGGCAGGGGCCGUCAUUGCCAUAACCAAGAAAUUGAGAGAGAAAUGAACAUGGCAGACCUAGCAUUUGUAACAGUGGCAGAUUUUUUGCUUUAAUUUUUUUUUCUCCAUUAUUUUCUCUGAUUUACUUUUGGUCUUCAUUUUUAUUUUUGUGAAUCCCAUGUUUCCUUUGGGCUAAGUGCUUACAGGGUAUUUUGAUUUGUGGAAGUGGUGAAAACAUGCACAAAAAUUGAUGCAUUUUUUUUUUUGGGCAAUUAUAUACAUAAAUAUAUGAAUAACACAAACGAGCUAUUUACCAAUA